AUGCUGGAGGAGCCCAAAAUUAUUGAUCAGAUGACACCAGAAGCAUCAAAUCACUCUACUGAUGUCCCAUGUAUUCAGAACAGCCCUACUUUGGGUGAUUUUGAUGGAUACAUAAUUGUAACUUCCAGCGAAGCUGGUUGCAAUAUGCUAGAGAUUCCGCUGGAUGACGAUGGCAAUCUGCCUAUUGCUACUCUUGCACAUUCUUUUCCUGAUGCCAUUGGUUUGAAGUUCAAGAAUCCUUUAACUGGAGUCUAUCGAACUUUAGCGUAUACUUUAUAUCUUUUUUCAGUGAAUACAAAACUGGAACGGGGACUUUUCACUAAACCUCAUAAGGUUGUUUGUAUUUAUAGAGUUGAUGAUCAGAAACGUUGUAUAUAUCCUCCAAGAGGAGGCUGGGGAAAGCGACGCUUUGUGGCAAUAUUCUCGAUCAGUUCUAGUGAUCGAAAGCGACCAUCAAACGAUUGUGUGGGAGAUUUAGUAGAAGAAAAACGAUCUGGUUUAGAUGGUAGUCUGAAUGAAGAUUGUCGUGUACCUGUUGAUCUAAUCGUGCUUAAUCUCUCUUUCAAAACAACUGAAGAAACACUCAAAAAUAUUUUUGAGAAAUAUGGUGAAGUUCAAUAUGUUGAGGUCAAACGCGAUUUCAAAACUAACUUCCCGAAAGGUUAUGGUUUUGUUAAGUUCGUCAGUAUUGAGGCGCAGGACAGGGUUCUUCUUGAUAGAGAAGUUAUUAUCGAUGGAAGAAUGACACAGGCUAGUGGUACUUCUGCUCAAGUGAAGUUUCCAAAUCACUUCGCCAAUAAGCCUCAAAAAACAAAUAUUGGGAUGAAUAUGACGCAGGAUUCGGCAUCGACCAAGUUGUACGUGGGACGUGUAUGGAAUGCAAUUACAGAAAAAGAUAUAUUCGAUGCACUCAAUACUGAAGCCCGAAAAAUUUCUCCAUAUGCCAAUGCAAAGCGAGUUUCUAUCCCUAUGCCACAUCGUGGUUUUGCGUUUGUCACGAUUAAUGAUCACAGUGUGGCGAAGCGUCUAUGCCAAAUACGUGAUUUUAUCAUUCGUGGUAAAAGCGUGUGCGUCUGUACUCUUACUCCAAAAAAUAAUGUACAUCAACAGCAGCAUAUAAGGCAAAGCCAUUAUGAACAGCAGCAGCACAUAAUUUCGUAUCGAGUCGCACAGCCUGCAGUAGCUCCAUUGCAUCCAUAUCCUGCGCACUUUAAUUACGUUGAGGAGUACCCACAAAAUCCAAAUUGGAUGAAUCCUCGAAUAACCUACCGUAGCACUAGUUUGCCACCAGUUUCUUAUACUCAUGAAUAUUAUUGUUCAUAA